AUGGUUUUGGCUUCAUCUCUCACAAAGCAGUCCCAAAUUCUCAUUGUUGGUGGUGGAACAUGGGGAUGUUCAACGGCUCUUCAUGUCACUCGCCGAGGCUAUACCAAUGUGACUCUAAUCACCAAGUCCAGUAUCGGUCACAAGAUUGGCGAUUUCGUCCCUCUCAUCACGGCAAAAGAUUUUAGGAACACUAUGCCUAAAGGCGUUUUGACAGGAGACUUUCCUGGGUGGAAAGGCUUCUACAAGUCAAAGGGCUCUGGUUGGGUUCAUGCUCGAAAAGCCAUGACUGCAGCUUUUGAGGAGAGCAAGAGGCUUGGUGUCAAGUUUAUCACAGGCUCACCAAAAGGUGAAGUCCAAAGUCUUAUCUUCGAGGGCGGUGAUGUUAAAGGUGUCAAGACUGCAGACGGAAAAGAACACAGAGCAGAUCGAACGAUUCUUGCUGUUGGUGCAUCAGCGGAGCGAUUUCUCGACUUUGAAAAUCAGAUACGGCCCACAGCCUGGACUAUAGGUCAUAUCCAGAUGACACCUGAAGAAACUCAGCUGUACAAAAAUCUCCCGGUUCUUUUCAAUAUUGAAAAGGGUUUCUUCAUGGAACCUGACGAGGAUCUCCAUCAGCUCAAGAUAUGUGAUGAACACCCCGGCUACGUCAACUGGAUGCAAAAGCCUGGAGCCAAGUUUCCUCAAUCCAUCCCCUUCGCCAAGCAUCAAAUUCCUCUCGAGUCUGAACAUCGUAUGCGAGAUUUUCUGAGAGAUAUCAUGCCACAACUCGCAGAUAGACCACUUGUUCAUGCUCGACUCUGCUGGUGUGCUGAUACCUAUGACAGACACUUCCUCAUCACAUAUCAUCCGCGACAUCCUUCGCUAGUUGUUGCUUCGGGAGAUCGCGGUAUAGGAUAUAAGCACAUCACAUCUAUUGGCAACUUUAUCUCUGACUGUAUGGAGGGUACAUUGGAAGAGAGGUUUGCCAAGGUUUGGAGAUGGAGGCCGGAGAAGUUUAUUGAGUUUUGGGGUAAGGAUCCUUUGGAACGACUUGGGGCUGAUCACAAUAUCAUGGAUCUUCCACGGAGUGAGGAUGAAGGAUGGACAGAUAUCAGUGAAAGUGUACCUAUUCUCUAA